AGCUUGACGCAGGCUAAACCAAUCAAUGCCAGCGUGUUUUAUCACUCCCUUACCAAACCUAUCUUCGGUUAACUAUUCUUGCAUCUUUGUUUACAUGCUUUGUCUAGCUGUCACUGGCUGUACUUUUCAUUAGCGGCAGCUGGCUAGCUAGCUAGCGUUGUCUUUCUAGCUUCUGAUCUUUGGACUCCAGAUGUUACUGUUUGCCACAGUGACAUUUUGUUUUUAAAACAAACAAGCAAUGCGGUUAGUUCAGAGCUCAUUUUUGUCCCACAGGGAAGCCACAAGUGGAUAUCACGCUCAUGGGGUUGCCAUGGUGGAGGUUCAACUGGAAAGCGAUUAUACAUAUCCUCCAGGGUUGCUGAUAGCAUUCAGUGCUUGCACCACAGUGCUAGUAGCAGUACACCUCUUUGCGCUCAUGAUCAGCACCUGCAUCCUCCCUAAUCUUGAGGCUGUUAGCAAUGUUCACAACCUCAACUCAGUGAAUGAGUCUCCACAUGAGCGUAUGCACCGCCACAUAGAACUGGCCUGGGCUUUUUCCACUGUCAUUGGCACCCUCCUCUUCCUCACAGAGGUGAUGCUGCUCUGCUGGGUCAAGUUCUUACCCCUUACAAGCAACACGGAAAACAACGGCACCAUAAGUUCUGGCAAAGCUGCAGCCAUCGCUUCCACUUGCAUCAUGGUGCCUUUUGGAGUGGUUUUUAUUAUGUUCGCUGUUCACUUUUACCGCACACUCGUCAGUCACAAAACGGACCGGCAGAUCCGAGAGCUGGAGCAGGUCAUUCGGCUGCAGAACCAACUGGACCACAGGACGGAAAAUGAUGAGCUGAAGGCCGCAGGCCAUUUUGCUUGAUUGGUUUGCUUGUUUGGAAGUUGCAAGAGCUUGGGAGAUUCACCAAUGCUUUUAGUUAAAGGACAAGGCUUUUUUGGUUAUUUUCAUCUUUUGAGCACUGAAUUCUCACAUUUCUGUGAAUAUUAAUUAGUAGGAAAAUCCUUUCAGUCCUGGGUCAUGCUGAAUUAUUUCUGUAGCUUUGAUAGGAACCUGUUAUGAGUUUGAACAUGUCUACAAAACCCCAUGGAAGGACUUCACAUCCACAUUAGUGAGCAUUGUUUAUAGUCAAUGUAAUACUGUUUUAAUGAAAGAAACAGGAUUGCAUGGAUUUUAAAAAGUUUCAAAACGUUUUAAGAGUAAAAAAGCAACAUAGCUUCAUAUGGCUCAUGCUAUUGGAAAAGUAAGCUCAGUAGAGUGAAGACCUCUGCCAAGGUGGAAAGGUUGUGAAGUCUGCAAAUUGACACAGGUGAUACCUGACAAAGAAGUGAAAUGAGAUGAAGGCCAAAUCUCAAGGAGGCUAUGAAUGCCGACAGCUAAAGCACCACAAAUGGAAAAUACCUGGACUGUUCUAACUUUGGAGCAAGGGCUGGCAGCUUGGUGAAACAUUAAAAUGUGCAAAAUAGAAGGAUCCUCACAACGACUAAUAUACUAAUAAUGAAUUUCUCCUGGUUAAAAGUAGAAAGUAAUCAAUAUGGUGGUGUAAAGUUUCAUUGCAAGCAAACAUUUUUAUUGUGAAGUGCACAAAAAAUUAUUCAGUGGGCAGAUUGACAAUACAAUCUGAUUGGACAAAAAAAAAAUUGAACAUAUGCAUUCACGUACUGGAAGCAGUGCAGCCAAGAGACAUGCUACAAAAUGAAGAUAAUAGACUGGGGAAUGCGUUUAUUCAAUUUCAUGGAACAAAUACUAGAAUUUAAGUUGUAGUUCAGUGCUUCUGAUAGUGUUUAGGCCAGCAGAGAAUGCUUUGCUGGCCCUGACAGCACACCACUGCUGUUGAUGGUGUAUCAAUGUGUUACUUAAUAUCUCAUGGUGGGUGGAAUUAGUAUUUUUCAUUUUUAUUGUUCCUUAAAUGUCAGUAUAAAUGUUACAAAAUCAAACCUGAUUUACCAACACACAUUAUUGUUUUAUAAAUUAUAUUUGAAGCACAGUUUUAAAAGUCAACCCAAAAAGACAAUUACAGAGCAAGUCGUGACCUUGUGGAGGGUUCAAUGUAAUGCAGUCUCAUCGAGUACGUUAUUUUGAGUAAGACUUGUCUUCAUUUCACUGAGCAAUGUAUACUUUGCAGCACUUUUUAAUUUUUUUUUUACUUUUUCUAAAAUUCGUAAUCCAAAUAGUUUAUUAUUCAAAUGAAUCAAAAACGUCUGAUCGUUAAUGAUACCCAACAUCAUAGCCAGAAGAAAAAAAAGUCAUGCUUGUUCGUUGGAAAUGUUUCUAAUGUGUAGUUUUUUGUUUACAUGCUUCAGCAUGCUUACGUGCCACAUAUUAGCAAUGUCGUGGAACUGUUGUAUGAGUUUGUUGUUGAAUUGUGUUACAGUGUUUUGAUGCUAUUUUUUGUGUGUUUUGAUUCUGUUUUUUGUGUGGGUGCAACGCCUUUGAUUAUGCUCAAAUGAAAUAUACAGUACAUAUAUGCAAUUAUAAAAAUCACUUAUUGUAUCAAGUGGAUAAAGAGCCUCUCAGCCCAACUAAUGCGCCUUCUUUCAAACUGAACAUUGCCCUGUUCCUUAAGUUGAUGUGUGGUUUAUUUAUUCAACUGUGUUGUGUAUAUACAGAAUUGAAUACAUAUAUUACUGUGUAUGAUGACACUGCAGCUUAUUUGGUUUACCAGGGUUUUUUUUGUUGCCAAUUUCUUAAUUAAACACAUUUGGAGUUAACUAAGCUGAAUUGGUACUUUCAUACCUGCAUACACCAGCACAUAUUUUAAAAAUUGCAUUAAAAGAACAUAUGUCCAGAGACAUGCUAAUGGAAUCAAUCAUGAAAAAAUCCACAACAAAAAUACAUUUCCUUUUUGACUGUUUUUGGUUCAUGUUUUCUCUGACUGCCGUCUGAUGGGGCUCUCAUAUUUAUAAACUAUAGCCAUAAAGUCAACAUAUUUGGGCAUGGUAGCACGUUAAUAUUUAUUUGGACUUUUUUUUAGCUUUGAUUAUGUAUUUGUCGUGGCAUAGUUUCUACAAGCUUCUGUGAUGUCCCAACAUUUAUUUCUGUCCAGAGUUACCAUUCAUUUGCAUGCAGUGUUCAAAAACAACAUGAUGUUUUCCUGUUGAUGUGUGUUCUGUUUGCUUCAGAUUCUUUCUGGCUUGUCUGUGCUUUAAAUCCGUGCUCCUGCCAUUGUAUAUUCUGUACUGAUCCAGAGAUAAACAGAAAAUGCAGCCCGCUGAAGACACUCUGCAGAACUCUAUUCCAUCUGCUGUCAUACAUAUUCAAGGCUGUAAAUGGCUCACUGCAGAGGACCAUAGUCUUUAGAGGAAAAUUACACUUCCACCUCAUAAUGUUAUUAUCAUAUAAGAAUAUGUUGUAUUUGCAUUGCAUACUACUAAGGGAUGUCCUAAUUUGUUUGUGUUAGCUGCUCCUGAACCUCCUGCACAAAAAAUUGGCAAAACAUACACUCCUGCUGUGUUGCUUUUGCUAUUAAUUUUGAGACAAAUAAACCACAUUGUGGCACUGUUAUUAAAACCCCAUAAGUUGGAUGACCUGAAUUUUUUUUUUUAAACAGCUCAAUGCCCUCUACAAAACACCCACUAUAACUUCAGGGUGUUAGGUCAAAUGGGAAAAAAAUGGUACACACCUUUAGGGGACUGACAAGCACUUGUCUGUAAAAUUUGAGCAAGAUUGGUUGAAUAACACGGCCGCGAUCUACCAAAAUAUAUUUGCAGGGGCAUGGGGGCAACCCAUAGUCACUCAUUAUUUGUUAUUGACCAUUUGUCUAAUGAUUAUAACACUAGGAGGAUACAUAGGUACCUCAUCUGCAUUACAUGUGUGCUAGCCUAGCUUUCAAAGCAUUCUGAGCACAACCUAUAGGGGCCGCCACAAAUGUCAUUUACAGUUCAGCGUUACGGUAUUAAUGAAUAACAUAACUAAGCGGUAUAGAAAAUGGAUGGAUGGAUGGAUAACUAUAUGGCUUUUAAUGUUUAGUUAAUUGUACUUUUGGGGGCUCAACAAAUUGACGUAGCUACAAAAAUCACCUGUAAAACCUGUUGAAUUUGUAUGAAGAUAUAAUACUCCCAUAAUACUCACAAAUACUUAGACUAUAACUCAUAUGGAAGUGUUAAUAUUAUAGUAAUAUAAUAUCUAAUAUUAUGGUUAACUAAUCUAACUACAGGGUCAUUUA